AUGUCCUUCCAACACCUCCCCAUAGAACUCCACCUCGAAAUCACCUCGCAACUCUCCAAUGCAUCCCUUGCCGCCCUCUCACGCACAUGCAAGGACCUACACGGGCGGACAACACCGGUGCUCUGGUCACACCUCCAAUUCGGCCCCCCAACGCCUCAGCUCUUCCAAGAGCGCGCGUUUCCGGUGCCAACCUCACCGCCAUACAUCUGCCCCCCGCUGGCCCGAGACGGGGCCCUGUAUGUGAAGCGGCACAUGGAUGAGGGUGGGGUUCUAGCGUUUUAUUCCGCGGCGCGGAAGGGGUUUAUCCGGGAUGAGACUUUUGCCCUUGUUCGGAGUUUGGAGUUGAGGAGUUGUGUGCUUGGUGCUUGCUUUGCUUCUGGCGGGGAGUACCCGGCAUCCGCGGCGGGCGGUGAGGAGUUGCGCCAUUGGCGGGAAUUACAUAACGGGGGUUUUGUUGCGGUUUUUGAAGAGUUGCUGAAAGAGAGGAUCCAGGGGUUGAAGUAUAUUACAAUUGUUUAUGACCGGGGUGGGCUCUUCCCCGCAAGUCAGUGACAUGUCGAUAAAGGGGGAGAAGAUGUGCUGAUGGGAUAUUCCCUUCUAGCGCCGAAUUUUGAACGGGACCCCACGGGGAAUGAACUGAAGGCGGUGCAGAAGGCUCAGGACUUUUGUCGCAUCAUUGGGGCAUACGCGGCGAUGCACCCACUUGUUCAGGUGAAGAUAUCAACAACUCAUUUCGCGCUCGUGCACGCGUUAUUCACGGCUCACUCGCCACCGCAAUGCGUCACGUCGUUGAAGACGUCAAUCUAUCGGCGUCCGGCGAUGCUGGAAACCUUCAGACGAUACGUUCUACCUGCGUUAGGAGCGAACCUUGAACACCUCGCACUCCUCGCCACGGGGCCCGGAUCUGGCUUCCCUCCGAACACCAUCUGGGAUCACUACUCAGGCGCAUACUUCCACGUUGCCCCGGGAGUAUUCGACGAUGAGCACUUCUUUUCCAACUUCCGAUUCGAAAAACUAAAAUCGGUAGAGUACACAGCAGACCUCUUCACCUUCGCUUGGGCUCCAUCGGGUGUCCAAAGGCUCUGCAUCCGCCACUCGCGGACCGCGCAUCCACACUGGUGGAGGUCCCUGGGGAAGCACGCACUCCGGGGCUUGGAAAAUCUGGAAAUCUGGUACGACUGCGACUCAAUAGUACCGGGAGGAGCACAAUCACCACCCCCACCAGAAGAUGAUGACACAUCCACCGACUUCUCAGUGUGCUUCCGCGAUCUAAAGGCACUCGCCAUCGCACGCAAUCCGCCGCACAGGAGGCACGUUGUUCAUCUCGAGGAAUCGGUCGCGUCCGUGCGUAUCCGUGAAGCAGUCGUGCGCGCGAAUGUCGACCUGGAAGAGGUCUUCCUCGAGCACGGCGAUGUCCGAACGCUGGCAACCUUGUGCUCACGCGGGAGAUUACGAAGUCUGACGGUUCAAUCAACCCUACAUCAACCGUUCCAAAACCCGGAAAUCAUCAAGCUGAUAGCAAACCUGCAGGAGUUGGCCUGGUUGCAUAUUUGCGUUCAGGAUGGGCUCGGCACCGCGUUUCCAACGCGGGAGCUGUUGACCAUGCUUGCUAAGCAUUGCGCGAAGCUGUCGUGGGUUGUCAUGGAAGAUCGUGGAUUCGCGGAGGUUCCAGGGAUGGAGGAGUUUUACGCACCCGGCAUGCUUACGCGCAUGACGCAGGAUCAGUAUGAGUACUUGUCGGCUACGUGUAGGCGGUCAAAUAUGGCGCAGAUAUGGGUGUUUAGGUUGGACGUCUGGAGAGAGAGAAAUAGGUACUGGCUUGAUGUUUGA